AUGCUUCGGCGACAAACGCGCGAACGUCGCGAGUACAUCUAUAAAAAGGCACUCGAGUCCAAAGAGAAGCAGAUCUACGAACGCAAGCAGCAGAUCCGCGAAGCACUUGCAUCGGGGAAACCGCUUCCACCGUCGCUGUCGUCUGCGGAAGCGACGGAGCUGGGUCGAGAUUUGAACCUGGAUGCGGCGCAGGAUGUACCGUCAAGCUCGAUCGACGACGAGUAUUCUCGGGGUGGAACGUACGAUCCGCGUGUUCUGGUGACCACUUCGCGCGAUCCAAGUUCGAAGCUGACGCAGUUCGCUAAAGAGGUGCGAUUGCUAUUCCCCAACUCUACACGCUUGAAUCGAGGUGGCUACACGGUCUCGGACUUAGUAGCUGCUGCACGAAGCAAUGGCAUCACAGAUAUGGUCGUGCUUCACGAACAUAGAGGUGUACCGGACGCUAUGGUGGUAUCGCACUUGCCUCAUGGUCCAACGCUCCUGUUCACGCUCCACAACGUCGUCCUACGCCACGAAGUGUCCGCACAAUCUUCUACCGUGUCCGAACAAUAUCCGCACCUGAUCUUUGAAAACCUGUCCUCGAAACUCGGCUUGCGCGUCCAGACCGCUCUGAAACAUCUGUUUCCCGUCCCGAAACCCGACAGCUCGCGCGUCAUGAGCUGGAUCAACAACAACGACUUUAUCAGCUUCCGCCAUCACGUCUUCCUGAAAACCAGUCACCGUGACGUCCAACUCGCCGAAGUCGGCCCCAGAUUCGAAGCUAGAGUCUACCAAAUCAACCAAGGCACCUUGGACCAACCAGAUGCCGAUAUAGAGUGGGUCUUGAGACCCUACAUGAAUUCAGCCAAGAAAAAACCCCAGUUGUAA